AACGUUAGCCUCACCGUGGCUUCGGUGGUGGCGGUCCUUCAAGCUUUAACUUCUUUGCCAUGAGGUGUGUAUAUGCUUUCAUCCAUCGCUUUUUCUCUCUAACCUGUGAUAAUGAUACGUUUCUGCAAACACGCUGACAGUGAAUUCCUAAAGUUAGCACACCACGAUUUAGUAUGUAUCCGGACGCCAUAGUCGACCGCAGACAUGAGAGUGCAACAGCUAAAACUGUCCGGCACGGAACAAGAAACAACAUCCGGCUAGCCAGACCGUUCCUAACUAGCGACCGAGCGUUACCAUGGAAACAAACAUUAACGUUUACUAACGUUAAUCGACAGAGCGGACUGCCGAGUGAAAUUUACGGGACUAGCUUGCUAGCUACACAUCUUACAAAUUGCUAGAAUACGAAAUAAGUUUAUAAGAUUAUUUAUUUCUAUUUCUCCUCUUGUUAAUUUGUAUAUUUUUUGGCGUUGUCCACUCCUGAAGUCCAGGAAACGAUGGGAGAUAAAGUAGUGCCAGCGAAUCAAAUGGAAUGUGGAGAUGCCGAAAUAACUUCUUCUGUCAAAGAUAAAGUGGAUGUCAUGAUAAAGGAUGUAGCUCAAGAAAACAAGGAAAGUAACAAAAAACUGCAAAGCCUACUUCAAGAGAGGAGAGCAAAGCAUUCAGAGCCACGCAUGACCAAGACGUUCCUUAAAGACCAUUGUAAGCAGAACAAACUUUACUCAACGCCUUGCCUGAAUGACACACUUUACCUGCAUUUCAAAGGUUUCUCCGCCAUUGAGAACCUAGAGGAGUACACAGGACUGAAGUGUCUCUGGCUGGAAAGCAAUGGGCUCCAACGCAUUGAGAACCUGGACGCCCAGACUGAUCUGCGCUCCUUGUUCCUUCAGCAGAACAUCAUAUACAAGCUGGAAAACCUUGAACCUCUGAAAAAGCUCUGCACCCUUAAUGUCUCCAACAACUUCAUACACAUCAUAGAGAACAUCUCCUUCCUUCCUGACCUGAGCACUCUGCAGAUAGCCCAUAACAAGCUGGAGACUGUGGGGGACAUAGAGCAUCUGAGUCAGUGUCUGGUAAUCAGUGUGCUGGACAUGUCUCACAAUCUGUUACAUGACCCUGAGAUCCUCCUGGUACUUGAGGCCAUGCCAGAACUGCGUGUGCUAAAUCUAAUGGGAAAUGAGGUGGUGAAAAAAAUCCCAAACUACAGGAAGACCAUGAUUGUGCGUCUCAAGCAGCUCACCUUCCUCGACGAUCGCCCUGUGUUCCCCAAAGACAGGGCAUGUGCAGAGGCAUGGGCAGUGGGAGGCCUGGAAGCAGAGCGUAAAGAGAGGGAGCAAUGGGAAACACGAGAGAGGAGGAAAAUUCAGGACAGCUUGGACGGCAUUGCAAACAUUCGAAAGAAAGCCCAGGAGAGACAACGCCUUCGAGAGCUACAGGAGAAAGGGGUGACUAAGGCUUCCAGCACUCCAGAGACUCCAUGUGAGGAAAAGGACACCCAGAUGAUCCAAGUCUUUGUGCAGGACUGCCUGGAUGCCCAUGAAGAGUUCUUGCAGAGUCAAUCAACACAGGGGCCCAAUGAACACCAGUCCAACUGCGAACAUCUUAAAGCAGAGCAGCCAGGUCAAGGUUUACAGCGGGAACCAGUAGAGAAAGGUGAGCAGGAGAAAUCACAGAUAAAGGUGACUGUGACACAAGAGAAAGAGGGGGUGAAUCCAGAGCACUCUGCACAAGAGCAAGAAAGCAUUGCAGGAAAGAUGCUAGAGACGGAAACAGGAGAAGAUAAACAACAACAAAACCAGUCACGUGGAAUCCAGUUAAUAAGAAACGACAAAGCGGAGAGAGAGCAGGCAAACAUGAGUGAGCAGUUUGAAAGGGAACAGCCUUCUGUGGUCAGGGCAGAUGAGGUUGUACCAGCACAUGGUCCCGGGCCACUGGUUACAGAGCUGGAGGAUGCAGACCAGCUGGAAACCAUUCACCUUCCACUACAUCGCUCACUGCAUAUUGAUGACCUGCCUGAUCUGGAGGACGUUGACACAGAGGACUUCACAGCAAUGUUCUCUUUUCAGCAAGUGCUCAAACCUAAAAUAGAGGUCAUAUCAGGAGGCAGUGAUGAGGAUGAGCCAAUCGGGAGUCAGAGUGAGGGCAUUCCCGCCUUUGGUCCAGAUAAAAAUUCAAUGCUCUUAAGAGGCUGUAACAAAUCAACCAGGGUCUCUAAUAACUCUUCAUCAUUGGUGUAUCCAGAAGGGGAUACCCGCGAGCCUCUUAUUUUUGAACCAGUGGGAAACUCCAAACCAAACCCGACCCCUUCUCCACCACGCUGCCUGAUCAAGGAGCUGGAAUGAUGCCUUCAAGGUUUAGAGCAUUUUUGUCAGAUUAAAGUGAUAAACUAGUCUCACGGGACAAAUUAAAUGAAAAAUUUCUUAAUGCUGGCAGGCCGUGUGUGACCAUGAAAAACCCAAUCAGGGCAACGCUUUAGUUUAAAAACUAAAUAUUUAGCUGUUGUUGUAUUGACAUGUAAUUAAUUGUCUAGCAUAUUUGUGUUAAAGAAUUUCAUAGCCAUGUUGUUUAUAUGGGUGUUAAUUGUAACACUGUGAAAACUAAAAAAUAAAUCUUACAUUAA